GUGGGUGCCUGGCGUCUGGGGCUCGGCGUUGGUUACCGGGGAUGUGGAGAGCUGGCGGGAUGUCGGCGGAGCUGGGAAUUGGAUUCGCCCUGCGGACGGUGAACGAGCGUGUUCAGCAGGCGGUGGCGCGGCGGCCACGGGAUCUCCCAGCUGUCCAGCCCCGGCUAGUCGCCGUCAGCAAAACCAAACCUGCAGACAUGGUGAUUGAAGCAUACAGUCAUGGCCAGCGCACUUUCGGGGAGAACUAUGUUCAGGAACUGCUAGAAAAAGCAUCAAAUCCUAAAAUUCUGUCUUCAUGUCCUGAGAUCAAAUGGCACUUUAUUGGCCACUUACAGAAACAAAAUGUCAACAAAUUGAUGGCCGUCCCCAAUCUCUUCAUGCUGGAAACAGUGGAUUCUGUGAAAUUAGCAGACAAAGUAAACAGCUCCUGGCAGAAAAAAGGUUCUCCAGAAAGGUUAAAGGUUAUGGUGCAGGUUAACACCAGUGGAGAGGAGAAUAAACAUGGCCUUCCACCUUCAGAGACGAUAGCCAUGGUGGAACACAUAAAUGCCCAGUGCCCCAGUCUGGAAUUUGUGGGGCUGAUGACCAUAGGAAGCUUUGGGCAUGAUCUUAGUCAAGGACCAAAUCCAGACUUUCAGGUAUUAUUGUCCAUCCGGAAGGAGCUGUGUAAAACGCUGAACAUCCCCAUUGACAGGGUUGAGUUGAGCAUGGGCAUGUCCAUGGACUUCCAGCACGCAAUCGAAGUGGGAUCUACAAAUGUCAGAAUAGGAAGCACCAUUUUUGGGGAACGGGAUUACUCAAAUAAACCUGCCAUGGACAAAUCCGCAGCAGACCUGAAGGCCUCAGAACACUGAACAAGGAACAACCCGGCAGUACCUCACAAGCUGUGGGCCCUGUCCAGGAAGACUUACUAUGCACUAACCUAGAGUUUAAUUUUGAUACUCUCCGUGUUACAGCACAACCGUGCUCUCCCAUGACCUGGUAGAGAACACUAAGAUUAUUCAUGUUGACAGAAAUCAUCUGUUCUUAGUCUCUGACGUGGGAAGCUCACUUCAAGCAGUGUUUUGGAUUGGAUUUGCGGAAGGCGUUCAAUAUUGAAUCCCAGCCAGGAGCACCAAUCAUAAAUGCCUUUCCAGGUUAAAAUUUGGUCACUGAUGCCUCUAGUCGCUGAAGUCAGAGGGCUUCCCGUGUGUCAUCCCACUUUAAUAGAAAAUUCCCACAUAGUUACCAGCUUCACACAAGCUCCCACUGAUUCUUCACCUUUGCUGCUCUGGAACAAGGUGAUUUCUGCCGAGUUUCUACCCUACUGAAUUUAUUUGGAGAUAUUCUCUACUCUGGAAUGGCAGUAUAGGGAACUUCAGGAAAUCGCUCAAGUUGAUUGUUGCUGAUAAGAGCUUGUGUCAUUAGCCACCCUGUAGUAUUGACCCUGAAAAUCGCAGGGGUGGCAUAAGUAGGACUUGAGCCCUCCUGUCAUCCUCCUGAAGAGACAGAGCCUUGCGCUUUUUCCCCUGGGAUCUGCACUGAUGAGAAUGUAACACUUUCUCCUCCACCAUAAUCCUGUUUAUGGCGGUUUUUUAUCAGCAACAGACCCGUGAAUCUCAUUGCUCCCCAGAAUGGAAGAUUCCUUCAAAGCCAGUUCAAGCACGUAGUUUCAGUGAGUCCUGGCUUUGGGUGUCCUCUCCCCAAGGAGCACGUUCCAGCCACACUUACAGCUUCCCUGCUGUAUUAAUAAGGUAGCAUUUUGCAACUCUUCUUGAUGGUCAAGAAAGUAGCAAGAUCUUCAAAAACCAGAAAGCACGACUCUCAGUCGUGACAGAUGGCUUCAUUGUGCACAGUUGUUUAUUUUCUAGGAGGUUUUUCUCAUUUAUUCAAGCCUCAGUCUUUAGUUUUAUGAAAGAACGUUCAGGACGUGACACUGCUGCUGAAUGUAAUUUUGUAAAACAAACCAUUAUGAUGCCUGUACUGUUUCAAAGCUAUAGUGUGGUAUUUCAGAGUCUAUUAAAAAUGUGCAAUUGAAUUAUACCAUCUGUGCCAAUUACAAAGCAAUUAAAAGAAUUUAUUUUUUAUGAUCUGAUGGAGUGAGUGAGUGUAACAGGAGGCGCAUCCUGCCAGCCUGCCUGUAGAGGCAGGCUUCCCUUGGGUCACAGAUGCAGCCAGAGGCAAGCUGUGGACCAAGAGGAAUCCUGAAUUUCUAAGGGCAUGAAAAUGAAACGCUGAUGU